AUGGCCACAGACAACCUCGUGGAAAGUCUCCGGGAGGAAGCUACGUGCCCCAUCUGUCUGGAGUAUUUUAGAGAUGCAGUGACUAUAGACUGUGGGCACAAUUUCUGCCGGUCCUGCAUCGCCCAGUGCUGGGAGGGAUCCGAUACAGCCGCCUCCUGCCCUCAGUGCAGAGAAACUGUGCAGCAGAGAAACCUCAGGCCGAACAGGAAGCUGGCAAAUGUUGUAGAAAUCGCCAAACGGUUUAGUUUACAGGCAGCAAAGGGAGCAGGAGAGGAGAGGGUGUGUGGGGAACACCAGGAGACUCUGAAACUGUUCUGUGAAGAGGAUCAAACUUCUGUCUGUGUGGUUUGCCAUCUAUCCCGGGAUCACAGAGAUCACAGGGUGGUUCCCAUACAGGAAGCUGCCCAGGAGUACAAGGAGAAACUCCAGGGAGCCCUGGGCCCUCUGAGGAAGGAGCUGGAAGAGGCCCUGGCUCUGAUGUCUGCAGAGGAGGAGAAAACCAUAGAAUGGCAGGGGAAAGUGAAGACUAGGAGAGAGAUGAUUGCAGGUGAAUAUAACAAACUGCACACACUGCUGAGAGAGGAGGAGCAGCUGCUUCUGCAGAGCCUGGAGGAGGAGGAGAGGGAGACUCUGCAGAGACUACAGGAAAAUGUAACCAAACUCUCCCAGCAAAGCUCCUCUCUGCAGCAGCUGAUCACAGAGAUCGAGGAGAAGUGUCGACAGCCAGUUGUCGAGUUGCUAAAGGAUGUGAAAAGCACCUUGAGCAGGAGUGAGAAUGUGAAACUCCAGGAACCAGAAGCUGUUUCUACUGACCUGAAGAACGUGUAUAAAAUUUCCCUUGACAUGAGGGAAGCGCUGAAGAGAUUUGGAGUGGAUGUGACUCUGGAUCCAGACACGGCUAAUCCCAACCUCGUCCUGUCUGAGGAUCGGAAACGUGUGAGACACGGAGACAAACGCCAGAAUCUCCCCAACAACUCUGAGAGAUUUGAUUAUUGUGUCUUUGUGCUGGGCGCUGAGGGGUUCGCGGGCAGGAGGCGUUACUGGGAGGUGGAGGUGGGAGACAAGACAGGCUGGAACCUGGGGGUUUGUAGGGAAUCUGUGAGCAGGAAGGGGAAGGUCACACUCUCACCUGAGGAUGGAUACUGGGCCGUGUGGCUGAGGGAUGGGGGAUACGAGGCCCUAACCUCCCCCGCAACCCCCCUCCCCGUGAGCGCCAGGCCGAGCCGGGUGGGGAUUUUCCUGGACUAUGAGGCGGGCGAGGUCUCGUUUUACAAUGUGACUGACAGGUCCCAUCUCUUCAGUUUCACCGACACCUUCUCCGGGAAGCUCUGCCCUUAUUUCUGUCCCUGUAACAACGCUGGGGGUAAAAACGCGGCUCCUCUGAUCAUCUGCCCUGUCCCAGCUCAGGCCGGAGGGAAUCUCGGCCCCUGACAGUGACCCCGCGGCACAGACCGGCCCCUCCCAGCCCCACUGCUCUUCCUGUCCCAGUGGUGGGGGCCAGUUACUGCAGCAACUGGACUGUUUUGUGCUGACCAGAUGCUGCCAGUUUCUUUUUUCAACUGGAGCUUCCAGUCGAAAACUGGACACCUGGCAACCUCCAGCCCCCACCUUCCCCGUCCCCGGCCCCAAGGGUAGCAGAUGGUGGGGGAUGGGGUCAUUCACUCCAGUCAGAAUUUUCUAACCCUGUGAAAUCUCAGUGUAAAAUAUGAAAGAAAAAAGAUUAUUUUAAUUUAGAAAAUAUUAUUGUAACAAGGUGCAAAUACAAGAAUAUUUUAAUUUACAUUUCAACAGUAUUUCAAAAAACAAGCAGAUAAAUAUAUUUGUAGAAAUGG